AUGGAAAAUUAUAAUUAUAACGGUUCAACCGAAUAUGAAAAAGCAAUACGUUUCUUGGAGACAGGUUGCAACUGUGGUUGUUCAAAAAUAAUUCCAAGAGAAAAGUUUGCCGAAUUACGUGAGGCGUUUCAAGCCCUCUCUAGAUCCGAGCAAGACAUAUAUUUAAUGGCCCAACUGAAAGCAAUGAAUGGUGGAGAAAUAACUGCCAGCCGACGUCUUAAAAAGAAAACGCGAAUCGGUCGCACUCACUUCGAAAAUGUCAGAAACCACCUAGCAACGAAUGGCAUAAUACCGCGUGUUCAUGGUAACGUAAAACGAGUCCCGCGAUGGAAAACCAAAAUAACCAUUGAUAUAACUGUUGCUACCGCUGUAAAAAAUUUUCUCGAGAAUUAUGCUGAAAUACAUGGAUUACCAAGUCCUGGUAGAAAUGUCAAUCGCAUUACUCAAUCGCUUACACUCUUGCCAGCUGAAACGAGUUACAAGUCGGUCUAUCGUGAUUUUAUUGCAGGUCUCGAAAACGAGAGCACGUUGAAAUUGUUAAAAUAUGAUGCAUUUCGCAAGUUAUGGCACCAGUUAACGCCUUAUAUUCAAAUUAUGAGUCCACGAACAGAUUUGUGCGAUACGUGUCAACAUUUUCGGAACGGCUUACAAUACAAUGCUCGCAAGGAAGAAGAAGCAAAAGACUUACUAAAAAAAUUCAAAGAACAUCUGGUUAAGGCUAAAUUAGAAAGAAAUUAUUACAACAAAAAUACGAAAUUAGCAGAACAACAAAGGAAAUUGGUAGACGAUAAUUACGUUGUAACAGGGGUAAGUAAAAUUUAUUAUCUAAGUCCGCGUAAAGUGCAUUUAUUUGGUAUACAAGAUGAAGCAGUACGCGAACAAAUUAAUUACGUUCUUGAUGAAGACGAAAUCAUCGGCAAAGGUCCUAAUGGCACACUAAGCCUGGUUGUGAAAAGAUCGAGCACAGCGGGAUUAAACAAAGCUCAGCGUUAUGACAAGGGAAAAGGCUUUCAAUAUUUAGAUCUUAAUUCCGUGUUGGGAAUUUUUUUUAAAAAACUAAACGGUUUACAAAAAUAUCAGCAUUUUGUAUUUGAAGCAGCCAAUCCUGGAGUUGUCAAAGCUCAGCUGGUUGUUCAUGGUUCAUAUACUGAAUUUAAUUUGUUAAAAACUAGAAAGGCAAGCGUUUCUGAAAUUACCAAAGAGAUUAAAUCUUUUUCUAUUUUAGUUCUAACUCCGCCUCCAUUAGAUUACAAACGUCAAGACUACUUUUACAAAAAUAUUCCAAAGGAAUACUCCAAUUAUUAUGGAGGAGCCCUUAAACCAGAAGAAAAGUCUAUCUUUGAUAAUAAUCUUUUAAAACCAAAUGACACUUUGGAUAAAACACUCCUUCAAGAUACUGCUCAGUUAUUAAACAAUUGA